AUGUCCUCCCAACCACCACCAUCGUCGUCGACAGAUUACCUCUUCGUCUUUGCAGAGGCCCACAACGAAUUUCGCGUCCCAGAGCUCCGUUCCAUCGCUGAACUGCACGGCUUCUCUAUCCACAUCAAGUACCCUUGGGACUCGCAGUCGUCAGACAACCGCGAAGGCAAUGCCGUACACCAGUUUGUGAAUGGGCCAUUCAUGGUCAUCGCGCUCGAGAGCGAGGCGCACGCGCGGACUCUCGCGAGUAGAUGCAUACUCAUCAGGUCGAUCUGGGAGUUCUGGGCGCGUGGCUCGUCUUAUGACGAACUGCAUGCCAACAACCUCACCGCGAAGCCCAAGUGGGAGCGCUAUGUUGCCAACACAUCAUUCAAGUUCCUCGUCGCGGGGCACAACCGCUCGAUCUCGCAACGGAGGCAGCGCGAGAUCAUGGAGAGCUUCUCGUACAUGGAUUUCCUUGGACUGAUCGAGUUGAAGAGCCCGGAGAUUGUGCUCGGAUAUUUCGAGGAAUACGUGAGCGACAGAGGCAAGCUGGUCGAGGACCGAAACAAAGACGGCGAGUUCAUACAGGCCUACUUUGGCAGGUUGAUAGUUGAAGGGACCGCACGCGCCCUGAUUGGCAAAUUUGAUGUCAAAAAGCGCGAGUACUUUGGCAACACGAGCAUGGAGGCUGAGAUCUCGCUCCUGAUGGCGAAUCAAACUCUUGCCUCGCCAGGAAAGAUAGUCUACGACCCGUUCAUGGGCACAGGCAGCAUGGCCUACACCACAGCGCACUUCGGCGCGUACGUCUUCGGGUCCGACAUCGACGGGCGACAGAUGCGCGGCAAAGCACAGACCCCUGGCGUCCUCCGCUCUGCGCGGCAGUACGGCGUCGCGGACCGCAUCCUCGGCCUCUGCACAUUCGACGUGACGCGCAACCCGUGGCGGACCGGCGGGCUGUUUGAUGCGAUCGUGACCGAUCCACCAUAUGGCGUAAGGGCAGGCGCGAAACGCCUGGGCCGCAAAACGAACAGGGAGGACAAGCACACGUUCGUCGGCCCGCGAGCCGCCGACGAGCCCUACAUCCCGCCAACAAAGCCCUACGAGCUCUCCGCGCUCGCGUCCGACCUCGUCCGCCUCGCGCGUUACCUCCUCAAGCCCGGCGGGCGCCUCGUGUUUUUCCUGCCGACCGUCACGGACGAGUACAGGCCCGUCGACAUCGAGAGCAUGAUGUGCGACGGGAUGGAGCUCGUCGCGAACUCGUUGCAGGAUUUUGGAUCGUGGGGCCGGAGGUUGAUCACGAUCAAGAAGAUGACGAGCGAGGAGUAUGGGCCGCCGAGCUUUGAUAGUGAGGAGAGGGACGCAGCGAGCGCGGGAGGCGAGGAGGAGGGAGGGGAUGAGAAUGCUCCAGCACACAAAAACUUCAGGGAGAAGUAUUUCCAGGCGUUUAUGAAGAAACAAUGA